AUUUAGGUCUGAAUAUUUAUGGAGAUCAUUGAAAAUAAUGUUAUGAUACACUUUAAUGCAUGGUAUGAAAAAUGCCAUGAAGUAGAAACAUGGAUAAGUGUUGCGUUCAACUGAAAGCAACCUACAUAUUUAUCAGACAGUAGACGGAAUGCCAUCGUGGAUGAAUAAAUUAUGUCAAAAUUUCUUUAAAUAAAUGCUAGGUAUUUUAAAAAUGAAAUUAUUUUCAUUUCGACCUUCAAGCACUCAUCCGUUACAACAAUGCAAUAAUUUUCUGAGUGACUGCUAUAAUCGCUGAACGACCACAUUCAACUUCAAUUUGCUUACUAGAAGGAAACAAAUUCCAAGUACAUACUCUGCGUCGAGUCUUUGAAAAAAAAAAUUGAAAUAUGAGUUAAUGUAUUAGCCUCUUUGAUUCGGAAAAGGUACGUUUUCAAUGCGAUAGUCAAUUUGGUUCCCGCUGAAGUGUACCUACCAAUGCAGAAAAAAAAUAACAAAGACGUACUUCAAAGAACAAAGAUAAUUUCAAAAAAUUGAUAGCAUAAAAGUAUGGUCGGACUUCUAUCUACACCACUGAAUUACAGUUGUGAUAUGCUUACAUGAUCAAUAAUAUUUUUGUGGUUUCAUUGCAUUUAUCACAUCCUGUUUCGUUAAUCUCAGGAUAUCCUUACUUGCAUUAACCACAAAUGUGGUUUUCUCUUCGAAAAAUAAAAGAGAAAACAUUUAUAUAUUCCACAGAAAUGUGAAGAAAGACAUUUCAUCUCACCCUUGAGGUAUACUAGGAUUACUUGAUCAUCUAAAUUUUAUUACAAAGUUUAUGCUAACAUUGUGAAUUGGAUAUUUUAAAAAUGUCUCAGUCAGCAUCAAGUAGUAUACCGUUUUUAUUCGAUCGUCCCACCGAACCUUUAUUUAUCGGUCGUGAAGAUUACAAUUUUGAAGUUCCAACCGACUAUUGGCCGGAUCGUUAUAAAGCGAUAGCGCAAGCGAUUCAAACCAGAUUUCCUACAAAUUCCGGUCAAGUAAUUCCAGUGCAAAAUGUGCGUAUACCAGAUAUUUCCGAAGCCACAUUGCUCGAUCGGCAUGCUAAUUUCAGUAUUUUCAAUCCAUCCCAUCGAAAAUGCGCGGUGAAGAUAAUCGAAGUGCUAAUGAGUAUGCCCAACGUCGAUCAGUUUUUAUCAGCCUGUGUGUACUGUAGAGAACGAGUCAACCCAUAUGUGUUCGUUUAUGCCGCUUCUGUAGCCAUUUUACAUCGUUCGGAUACCAGAAAUGUACCGCUACCAUCUCAUUGCGAAGUUUUCCCCGAAUUGUACGUUGAUGGAGGAAUUAUUGGUAGAGCCAGAGAAGAAGUCGGAGUCAUUCCAUCAGGCUCGAGACUACCGAUUGAAGUACCGCGUGACUAUACUGCCAGUGAUCUCGAUCCUGAACAUCGUGUCGCGUAUUUCAGAGAAGAUGUUGGAAUUAAUUUACAUCAUUGGCACUGGCAUUUGGUUUAUCCAUUCGACGGACCAAUUAACAUUGUCAGAAAAGAUAGACGUGGUGAAUUGUUUUACUAUAUGCAUCAACAAAUUUUAGCCAGGUACAAUUUCGAGCGUUUUAGCAAUGGUUUACCAAGAACUAAAAGAUUCGUAAAUUGGCGUGAACCCAUUGCAGAAGGAUAUUUCCCGAAAUUGGAUAGCGUUGUGGCAAGCAGAGUGUACCCAGCUAGGCAACCAAAUUCAUCGCUAAACGACGUAAACAGAGCAGAUGACCAAAUACAAAUUGACGUUCAGGAUUUAGAAAGAUGGAGAGACCGAAUUGUCAACGCUAUUUUCGAUGGUUUCGUAAAUGACGGUCAACGAGACAUACCACUUACAGAAACCGAAGGAAUCGACAUUCUUGGUAACUUAAUCGAAGCUAGUCUUCUCAGCGUUAAUCGUAAUCGCUAUGGAGAUAUGCAUAAUAUGGGCCAUGUUAUGCUCUCAUAUGUACAUGACCCGGAUAACAGAUUUUUGGAAACAUUUGGAGUUAUUGGAGAUCCAACAACCGCCAUGAGAGAUCCAGUUUUUUAUACAUUCCACGCCUAUAUGGAUGAUAUAUUCCAAGAAUAUAAAACCACCCUCAGCCCAUAUACUGUUCAACAAUUGAGCUUUGAUGGUGUUCGCAUAGCUGGUGUCGAAGUCAUUACUGAAGGAGCGCGUACUAAUGAACUGAAUACUUUUUGGCAGCAGAACGACAUCGACUUAUCUCGUGGUUUAGAUUUUACGCCAAGGGGUUCAGUUUUCGCUCGAUUAACUCAUCUGCAGCAUGCUCCAUUUACCUACCGAAUCAGAGUUGAAAAUAGUGGAGCUCAGCGUCUCGGUACUGUGAGAAUCUUCAUUGCUCCGAGAUUGGAUGAACGUGCUCAAACGAUUUUAUUCACAAAUCAGAGAGGAUUAUUUGUAGAAUUGGACAGAUUCACAACAACACUGAGAAGUGGUUCUAACACAAUCGAAAGACGUUCAAUCGAGUCCACCGUUACCAUUCCAUAUGAACAAACCUUCAGAAAUUUAACCACUAAUCGUCCAUCAGGAGGCGAAAGUUUAGAGAAUUUCAAUUAUUGCGGUUGCGGAUGGCCACAACAUAUGUUAAUCGCUAAAGGAAACGCAGAAGGAUAUCCUUGCGAUUUAUUCGUAAUGAUUUCAGAUAAUCGAAAUGAUGUGGUUCAGCAGGACAGUAACGCUGGAAGUCCGGGCUGUGAUGACGCACAAAGCUAUUGCGGAUUGAGAAAUGGUCGUUACCCUGACAGAAGAGCAAUGGGUUAUCCUUUCGAUAGAGCGCCACGACUGGGAGUGAACACACUGGCUCAGUUUGUAACCAGUAACAUGUUUGUGCAAAACAUUACUAUUCGGUUUAGUAACAGAAUUGUAGCUGCUUUGCCUUCACGACCAACACAAGGGCAGGGUUCCCAGGGACAAGGACAAGGACAAGGUCAGGGACAAGGACAAGGUCAAGGCCAAGCUAAUCGAGGACAAUCUAAUCAACCCCCAACUAGACCGAGCCAGCCGCAAAGACCUGGAGGAAGACCCUGAAUAAUGAAUCAAAUUAUUCAUUUUCAAAAAUUUGAAUCGGGUACCAGCCUGAAUACAUAUAUUUUACAUAAUCAUUAAACUACUCGUAUGUUCACCCAGCUAUUCUAUAUUUUAAAAUAAAAUGAAAAUAUUAGGAAAAA